AUGCCAGUCUUUUUAGUCAAUGGCAGACGAUACCGUGUGCGCUUCUGGUCCCUGCUAAAUGGCAGCGAGCCGAUCUCCGAGGACCCGCCCUCCGCCAGAAAGCGUACCAAGGCCACCUGGGAAGACGUAGCCGCAGAUCGCACAUGGACAGCCGAAGAGGAUAGGCUCCUUCGAGAACUCAAGAACUGCCAUAUCCCCUGGAAAUACGUGACGGUCGCAAUGGGAAAUAGGCCAGCUGCCCAGCUCAAAAGACGCUGGUACUAUCUCCGGAACCGUAAGUCCAACGAAACCGAGACUGCCGACUUAGCCGACCAAUCCGAUGACGAACAUUCGUGGGAAGACACGGAGGAAGUCGAGAGGCCCCAGCGACGAGUGUCAUUCGCCAGCCCGUUGGUCACAAUGCGAGAGGAUGAUGCAGGUGAAGAUGAAGACUACGUCCCCCGUGCUCCCAGGAUCAAGAAAGUGUGCUACAUCGAUAGCGACCUCAAUCUGAAAGAAAUCCUACUUCUCCAUAAAAUUGCAGCCAAAUGGGAGAGGGAUCGAUGGUUAGCUAUUAGCACCCGAUUCAAUGACAAGACCGGUCGCAGUAUUACCCCAGAGCAGGCGAAAUGGAUCAUUGAUAACUAA